AUGUCUACAUUUGCUAGGAGAAGAAUAGUACAAGAUUUAGCCAGGGUCAUGAAGGAACCCCCGCAUGGUAUCAUAGCCACCCCUUUUUCCGAUAAUAUCAUGAUUUGCCAUGCUGUAAUUAGUGGACCGAUUGAUACAUACUGGGAGGCUGGCAAUUUUCAACUUAUAAUCAAAUUCACGGAACAAUACCCAACGGAGCCUCCAGUAAUACAAUUUUUAUCCAAAAUGUUUCACCCCAAUAUAUACCCUGAUGGUAAUAUAUGCCUAGAUAUUUUACAAAAAAAAUGGAGUGCUAUGUUUGACGUGGCAUCGGCACUUACGUCAAUUCAAUCGUUAUUGGCGGACCCUAACCCGGAGUCCCCCGCUAAUACUGAGGCGGCAAGGUUUUUUAAGGAAAAUUUGGCAUAUUACAAUAAACUAGUUCUUCAAUGCGUGGAAGACAGUUGGUGCGUUAGCAAUCUUAAAAUUGGCCCCAAAUGGUUCCGAUGA